AUGCGGGGCACUUUGGGCGCAUUCAUUCAGUCCUGUCUGUUGCUGCUGGUCCGAGCAGACCAGUGGAGGCUGAAGGACUCCGCCAACUGCGAGUUAAACAGGAAACAAACAGACCUAAACUCCUUCCUGUGGACAAUCAAACGGGAUCCUCCCUCAUAUUUCUAUGGUACAAUCCACGUUCCCUACACACGUGUUUGGGACUUCAUCCCUGAAAACUCCAAGCAGGCCUUUCAGGAAAGCAACAUCGUCUACUUUGAGCUGGACCUGACAGACCCUUACACCAUCUCAGCCCUGACCAGCUGUCAGCUCCUUCCUCAGGGUGAAAACUUGCAGGACGUCCUACCCAGAGACAUCUAUCGGAGGCUUAAAAGACACCUCGAAUAUGUAAAACUCAUGAUGCCUUCGUGGAUGACGCCGGAUCAGAGAGGGAAGGGACUCUAUGCAGACUACCUCUUCAACGCCAUCGCUGGGAACUGGGAGAGGAAGCGGCCAGUUUGGGUGAUGCUGAUGGUGAACUCAUUAACUGAGGCAGAUAUUAAGACACGAGGGGUGCCAGUGCUGGACCUGUACCUGGCCCAGGAGGCGGAGAGGAUGAGGAAAAGGACCGGGGCUGUCGAGAAGGUGGAGGAACAGUGCCAUCCACUCAACGGCCUCAACUUCUCCCAGGUAAUCUUUGCCCUGAACCAGACGUUAUUACAGCAGGAGUCGCUGAGGGCAGGAAGCCUACAGGUUCCAUACACAACUGAAGACCUCAUCAGGCACUACAACUGUGGAGAUCUCAACUCCAUCAUUUUUAAUCAUGACACAUCACAGGUUCCUAACUUCAAUAAUGUGACACUGCCACCCAGUGAGCAGGUGACCGCCCAGGAAAUAGACAGCUACUUCCGACAGGAACUCAUCUACAAAAGAAAUGAGAGGAUGGGCAAGAGGGUCAAGGCCCUGCUGGAAGAACACCCUGAUAAGAGCUUCUUCUUUGCCUUUGGAGCAGGUCACUUUCUUGGCAACAAUACAGUCAUUGAUGUGCUUCGUCGCCAGGGAUACGAGGUGGAGCACACCCCUGCUGGGCAGGCCAUAAACAGGAAAUCAUCAUCUGGCGCAGAGUCUGAGGGCCGCUAUGAUGAGUCCCCUCUCCUGGAGCCUUUCCUUCAUGAGCUCCCCCACAAAGAGGAGGAUCAGGGGCGUCCCCUGGAGGACGAUCUGUUACCCCACAUGCUUCUGCCACCAGAUAGCCUGGAGCUGCUGGAAAAAGCGGAGAGGAAAAUGCUGAAGAAAAAGAGGAGGAACAAGCAGAAGAAACAACACCGGCAUUUUAACGACCUCUGGGUUCGCAUCGAGGAGAGCACUAUGGUCCAGUCCCCGCCUCCGCCCUUGGUUCGCAUCAUCAAUGGUUAUAUCACAGUGCAGCCGCCUGACAGAGUCCACAGCCACUACCACUACCACCACAUACCUUCAGCAUCACCCACCUCCUCGUCCACAUCAUCUUUACUUGUCUUCCUCUGCACACUGCUCACAGUGGUGCCACAGACGUGGAGUCUGUUCCUUUAG